AUGCGCCAAGGAGCUAAGGUAAAUAAGGGAAGUAAUGUGGGUCGGACUGCAUUACACCUUGCUGCUGGAAAGGGUCAUCUUGAUGUAACUAAAUACCUCAUCAGUCAAGGAGCUGAGGUGAAUAAGGGAAGUAAUGACGGUUGGAAUGAAUUAAACCUUGCUGCUCAGGAGGGUCAGCUUGAUGUCAUCAAAUAUCUUAUUAGCGUAGGAGCUGAGGUGAAUAAGGAAGGUAAAAACGGUUCGACUGCAUUAAACCUUGCUGCUCAGGAGGGUCAUCAUGAUGUCACCAAUUAUCUCAUUAGCCAAGGAGCUGAGGAGGGUCAUCUUGAUGUCACCAAUUAUCUCAUUAGCCAAGGAGCUAAGGUAAAUAAGGGAAGUAAUGUGGGUCGGACUGCAUUACACCUUGCUGCUGGAAAGGGUCAUCUUGAUGUAACUAAAUACCUCAUCAGUCAAGGAGCUGAGGUGAAUAAGGGAAGUAAUGACGGUUGGAAUGAAUUAAACCUUGCUGCUCAGGAGGGUCAGCUUGAUGUCAUCAAAUAUCUUAUUAGCGUAGGAGCUGAGGUGAAUAAGGAAGGUAAUGACGGUUCGACUGCAUUAAACCUUGCUGCUCAGGAGGGUCAUCAUGAUGUCACCAAUUAUCUCAUUAGCCAAGGAGCUGAGCUCGAACAGAAUGAUUUAACGGAUAUUCAUCUUGCCAUCCUUCACGGUCACACCUCUACCAUUGAGAAGUUAGUUUCUGAGGGAGCUGAUCUUAAUAUCCAGUCACCUGACGGACAGCAGUGUCUCCAUACAGCCAUUAAACUCUGCUUUAACAGCGAGAAAAUUGUGCAAGAAACUGACACACUAAGAAAGAUCUCUGAUGAGCAUUACAAAGGCGAACUUUCUCCUGAGAAGGCCUUGGUGUUUUAUCUCCUAGAGAAUGGAGCAAAGUUAGAUGUGAGGGACACGACAGGCAAUCUACCAAUCCAAUAUGCCAAGGACGAAGAUAACUGA